GGAUUUUUAUUUUCUUUCUGCGUUCCUACCUCUUUGCCGCUUUCGCGAGGCCGACCGAGUGUGGGGGGAUUACACCAGCCAGCCACCUGAGCGAGUCGCGCACUGCGCAGCGACAGCGGAACGCGUUCGCGCGCUCUGCUCGUCGUCUCUUUUAGUGCCCUGGACGGAGGAGGGUGAUGUGCAGUGCUCUGUAAAGCAAAACCGCGUGGGACGACGCCGGUACCGCUCGCCACUCUGCAGCACGUGCGCUGCUUGUGCAGAUCGCGUACGGUGUUGCCACUCGGAAGUGCUCGUGCGAUGGAGCUUCGUCUUUGAAAUUUUUUUCUUUGUUUGUUCGUGAAACCUGGAAUGUGCAAGAAGUGGACACGUCGGCCCGGUGAGCUCUGCGUGACGAUCUUUCCGUGAGCUGAUUCUACGGUCCCAUGCUGCGCGCGCAAGUGUCAUAUCUCAAUCUACAGUGCUGCUGAGAGUACACGCGGGUACAAGGAGGUCGCUCUUCGAAUACAGGAAUCAGUGUUCCUGGUAUUCGUGCGUAAAGUCGUCUGAUGGGUAUUUGAAAAAAAAAAAGAGUUCUCUGGGAGCGUUUAGUUGAUUCGUGACUCCGUUCACGCAACAGUCGCUUUAAUCGACGACAGGUCGACCUGUCCUUUUUGUUCUCGCAUCUCGAUUUUAUGCGCCUUGCGCUCGAGUACCACCCCGUUGUCCCGGGGUAAAGGAAACCGGAAGAAGCGCUCCGUUACUGGACUUGCGGAACGGCUACAGUGUCAGCCUCGUAACGCCCACGAAGGUAAAAUAAGAGGCGAGCGCCCGGAAGACGACUGUGCACUGCCCACAUCUCGGUGACUCAGCGAGUGCUGCGAGUGCGUGCGUGCGUGUGUGUCUUUGUCGUGUAACACUGGGCGAUGAGACGGGGGAACCUUCGUGCGGUGAAGUGACAUGCCUGUCUCGUGCGUCGAUGGACGGCUCUAGGUUCAGGCUGUUCCAGCCUGGGCCAUGCCGCCGCCGCCAACAACGUAGGUCAGGGCCAUGGUCCGAAGCAUUGGCGGAGCCCACGACACACAGUGGACUCGUCACGUCAAGAUCGCGUUCAUCCUCCUGGCGCUCUUCGACAACGCCAGGCUUAGCGCAGCGUUGGCGCCUGCGCUCAUCUGCCAGCGGAUCCGGGGUCUAACGGCGGCGCAGCGCCGUUUCUGCGCCACGCGGCCUGACGUCAUGGUCGCCGUCGGGGAGGGCGCCCUCCUCGGAUUGGCCGAGUGCCGUCGCCAGUUUCGUCACCGGCGUUGGAACUGCUCCGACACGGGCGCCUACGAGUCUGGCUUCGGGCAACUCUUCACUGUCGGAAGCAGGGAAGCGGCCUUCGUUUACGCCAUAAGCUCGGCCGCGGUGACCUACGCCGUGACCAGGGCAUGCACCCGGGGCCAGCUAGCCCGCUGCGGCUGCGACCGCACGCCUCACCAGGAACCCCAGCUGCGCACCCACUACGCGCACCGACUGAUCAGCCCCGCCGUGGAGGCACCGCCGGCAGAACCGGUCACUUUCGCUCGCGGAGCGCAGUUCGUGCGAGAGUCGUGGUCGACGCCGCUGCCCGGAGGACCCUCCGGAGGCGCCAGCCGGGCCAGCUUGACCGCCGACGAGUUGCUGUCGCUGUCCACGCUGUCGGCCGGUGAUCCGAGCUGGAAGUGGGGCGGCUGCAGCGCGCACGUCAAGCGCGGCAUGCGCCUGGCGCGCAGGUUCCUCGACUCGCGAGAGGUGGAGACCGACGAGCGGGCCCUUAUGAACCUGCACAACAACAGGGCGGGCAGAAAGGCCGUCAAGUUCACCCUCCUGACGGAGUGCAAGUGUCACGGCGUCUCUGGCUCCUGCUCCCUGAAGACAUGCUGGAAGCGGUUGCCCCAGUUCAGCCACAUCGGCGACUACCUGGUCGAACGGUACCGGCGCGCCAAGCGGACGCUUCCCUACUACGGCCGCUCCAGGGCAGCGCUGGACCCCAACCGGCGCAGACCGGUGCAUCUCAAGCUGCACGAGAAGCACCUGCGACCGCCUGCGGCGACAGCUACUCCACCGGGCGGCAAGAAGAAGAGGAAGACGAAGAAGGCGUCGUCCUCUUCCAAGAGACGCCCGUCCUCGACGAGCGCCUUCUUCGAAGACGAACCGCAGGACGCGUACGAUCUGCCCUGGGCCGACGUCGUGGUUCGGCCCAAGCCGCGUGAUCUGGUCUUCCUGGAGGACUCGCCGAACUAUUGCGUGCGCGACUUGGAGCGCGGCUCGGCCGGCACCAUGGGCCGCAUCUGCAACCGGACCUCGACGGGCCCUGACAGCUGCCGCUUCCUUUGCUGCGGCCGUGGUUUCGAGACUCACUAUCGAACCAGGACUCAGCAGUGUCACUGCAAGUUCCACUGGUGCUGCUUUGUGCGGUGUCAGACUUGCGCGGAGAAAGUGCGAGAAAACAUAUGCAAGUGACGUAUACAAGUUAUGUAUACAAGUGACGUAUGCAAGUGGCGUAUGCAAGUGUCGUGCAAGCGCUGUUGAUUUGUGAACGAUCUUAUCCAAGCUUGCGGGGCCGGGGCCGGCUGUUCAUCGAGCUGAUAGAAUCUGUUCAUUCCUACAUUGCCUGGCACAGGGAUCCUGUAUUAAGUAGAUCCUUGCCAUAGACGCGUAGCUUGCGGUCC